UUGGCGGGCUGCGAGUGGGGCAAUGUGGCGGGCUGGUCGCCUAGGACGUGGGGCGGCGCUGGGGCUGCUGCUGGCGGUCCACGCGGUGGCGGCGUUCGAGCCCAUCAGCGUGGGCAUCGCCAUCGGGGCCGCGUCGGCGCUCACCGGCUACCUGUCCUACAGGGAUCUGUACUGCCGCUUCGCCGAGUGCUGCCGCGAGGAGCAGCGGCUCAACGCGUCGGCCCUCAAGCUGGAAUUAGAGGAGAAGCUGUUUGGGCAGCAUCUGGCCACAGAGGUGAUUCUCAAGGCGCUGACUGGCUUCAAGAACAACAAAAAUCCCAAGAAACCGCUGACUCUUUCCUUACAUGGCUGGGCUGGCACGGGCAAGAAUUUUGUCAGCCAAAUUGUGGCGGAAAAUCUUCACUCAAAAGGCCUGAAGAGUAACUUUGUCCACCUGUUUGUCUCGACUCUGCACUUCCCUCACGAGCAGCAGAUAAAACUGUACCAGGACCAGUUACAAGGAUGGAUUCGGGGUAACGUGAGUGCAUGCGCGAGCUCUGUGUUCAUAUUUGACGAGAUGGAUAAAUUGCACCCUGGGGUCAUCGAUGCAAUCAAGCCAUUUCUAGACUACUAUGAGCAGGUUGAUGGCGUGUCUUACCGGAAGGCCAUCUUCAUCUUUCUCAGCAAUGCUGGUGGGGACCUCAUAACUAAGAUUGCCCUUGACUUUUGGCGGGCGGGAAGAAAGAGGGAAGACGUUCAGCUGAAGGAUCUUGAACCCGUGCUUUCUGUCGGAGUCUUCAACAAUAAACACAGUGGCCUGUGGCACAGUGGACUGAUAGACAGAAACCUCAUCGAUUACUUUAUCCCCUUCCUCCCCCUGGAGUACAGACACGUGAAGAUGUGUGUGCGGGCAGAGAUGAGGGCCCGCGGCUCUGCCAUCAAUGAGGACGUUGUCACCAGAGUGGCAGAUGAAAUGACUUUUUUCCCCAAAAGCGAGAAAAUCUACUCAGACAAGGGCUGCAAGACUGUGCAGUCACGGUUGGAUUUUCACUGACCUCUUACUCAAGUGGGGUAAGAGACUGCUGGGAGCUCAGCAAGCGAGGGUCUUGCCUUCCGGAAGCACUUUGAAGCCCUCUUUGGGGUUUGCACUUUGCACCUGUGGACUUUCGGGACGUAGAAGUUUCUAAGAGUUGAGUUUUGAACAGACACCCAUCUGUUGAGUGCAGUUGUCAUUUUGGACCUGAUAGCAAUCCAUCUGUUAACUGCGGUGGAAAAUGAACUUUUAACCACCCUCCCCUUGCUGACCUUGACAGAAGUGCCUUGGAGACAGCUGUGUGAGUGAGACCCACAGCACCCACACCUCAGAAGCUGCUGCUCUAACUCAGGGAGUUCAAGGGCCCUGCUGCAACCUGGGGAGCAUUUGGUUUGCACCUGCUGAAAACCUGUUUCUUUGCACAGAGAGUGUUCACUGGCUUCAAGAAUUUUCAGUUGAAAUCAGUGGCACCUUCAGGCACAGACAGCGUCCGGUGGAGAUGUGGCCUGCACACGGAACAUUCUCGACCAGGUGAUCUCUCUGCCUGUGGUGUGGGGUCUCCAUCCGAGGCCACUGCAAGCAGACCAGGACCGACGGCCUCGCAGUUUGUCCGUUGCUUUGGCUGGUCGUGGAAUUCCUUUGCCGUCUCUCAGUUGGUAUUGAUCUCAGCCUGCCUUGUACCACUUCUGCUCCUGAAUUUCAGUCGCUGCUAGAUUUGCCCCUAAUCACACAUCAUCAUGAGAGUCAAAUCAGAAUGAGGCUGUUGGUUUUGAAUUUGAGCUCUUGGUUACCAUGGUGAAAUGUGUUACAGUUUAUGCAUGGAUCAGUCUCUCACUUUAUUCCAGAGAAUCAUUUGAAAGCCAUAGGACAUGCUCAAGUCUCCAUGGAUGCCACAUGCCAGAGUGGUCAGCUGGCAGAGUCGGCUUUGCCAAAGAAGUGUAAGUACUGGACACAGAAAUGCUAGAAUUUUCAAGGAUAUGUAUGUUUUUUAUGAUGUUUUUACUUGUGAAUCUUAGAUAAGAAAAAUAUAGGACAUGGCUUAUUUUAAAACCUGGGAAGGACACCAAAAAAUGGAAUAAUUGCCCAUCCCUUUAUCAGAAAUCUUAACAAAAACAGUAUGCAUUUUUAUUGUUCAGUCCGUGGCAAUAGCUGGUCACAGCUGUAGGUCAAACAAGGUCAGUGUGAAGCGGCUGGUUCCGGGUGUCCUCUGAUGACGAGCACCCUCUAUGACAGCGCUAGGCCGGACCGCCCUGGUCACCGGGAAGUAAGACAGAUUCCAGCCCGUGUGAAUUGGUGUGUGUCACAGCUGCGAUGCGACCACAGACACUUUAGAAGAACAGCGUGCAUUGUGUUCAUAUGGAAGAUGUAGAAGGAACAUCCUUACGACAUAGGAGUGCCUUACAGAGGGUCACCUUUAGUCUUUUAAAAAUGCCAAGUUAAGGGGCGCCUGGGUGGCUCAGUGGGU